AUGUCUUUCCAGUAUCAGAUUGGCGAUGUUGUCUGCAUCCGGGGCGCAAGUCUCCGCUACAAGGUCAUUGCCGUUACUGGCUCAAUGAUCACGAUCAUCGUCGUGAAUCCUCAACCAGACGGCCAAUACUUGCCAUUCACCUCCACGUCCCUCCAGAGUGUCGACGAGUCAAGGAUCGAAAAGGUUGAGACCUAG